CACAGCACCGGCCCUGGAAAUUAGGUUAUAAAAAUGUGAGGUUCACUGUUGUGUUAGUAAUGCAUUGAUUUUUUUUCCUAAGAUUUAUUUUAUUUAUUUGAAAGACAGAGUUACAGAGAGAAGUAGAGACAGAGAGAGAAGUCUUCCACCCGCUGGUUCACUCCCCAGAUGGCCGCAAUGGCUGGAACUUCACCGACCUGAAGCCAGGAGCCAGGAGCUUCUUCUGAGUCUCCCACUUGGGUGCAGAAGCCCAAGCACUUGGGCCAUCUUGCACUGUUAUCCCAGGCCAUAGCAGAGAGCUGGAUCGGAAGAGGAGUAGCUAGGACUAGAACCGGCGCCGUUAUGGAAUGCCUGCCCUUCAGGUCAGGGUGUUUACCCGCUGUGCCACAGCGCCAACCCCAGGGUUUUACCCCAAUCAUAUAUCCACACAAGUGCUUCUCUUGAUAUUUCUCGAAGAUGGGAAAAGAAGAAUAAAAUUGUAUAUCCUCCUCAACUCCCUGGAGAACCUCGGAGACCAGCAGAAAUCUACCACUGUCGAAGACAAAUAAAAUACAGCAAAGACAAGAUGUGGUAUCUGGCAAAAUUGAUAAGAGGAAUGUCCAUUGACCAGGCUUUGGCUCAGUUGGAGUUCAGUGACAAAAAAGGAGCACAGAUAAUUAAAGAGGUUCUCUUAGAAGCACAAGAUAUGGCAGUGAGAGACCACAAUGUAGAAUUCAGAUCCAAUUUAUAUAUAGCUGAGUCCACUUCAGGGCGAGGCCAGUGCCUGAAACGCAUCCGCUACCACGGCAGAGGUCGCUUUGGGAUCAUGGAGAAGGUGUACUGCCAUUAUUUUGUGAAGCUGAUGGAAGGACCCCCACCUCCACGUGAGCCCCCGAAGACCGCACUCGCCCACGCCAGAGACUACAUUCAGGAGCUUCGCAACCGGACCAUCAUUCACACUCUGUGACGGGGGAUUCUGCACCACUAUGUAUAUAUUUUGUCAUUUCUUUUUAAAAAUAAACAAAAAUUAAAAGCAUGCUUUUUAUGA